UAUGAUAGAUUAAGACCAUUAAGUUAUCCAGAUAGUAAAUUAAUAUUAUUAUGUUUUUCACUUGUAGAUAGAAUAUCAUUUAAUAAUUUAUUCUAUAAAUGGAUAUUUGAAAUUAGAUUUCAUUUACCAAAUAUACCAAUUAUAUUAAUUGGAUGUAAAUAUGAUUUAAGAGAAGAUAUUAUUUUAAGUGGAAAUAAAAAAGAUUUUAUUUCAACUGAAGAAGGUGAAGAAUUAGCAAAACAAUUAGGAUGUAUUACAUAUUGGGAAUGUUGUGCUAAAAAUGGAUAUGGAAUGAAUUAUGGUAAAGAAAUUAUUGUCAAUGGUUGUUUAAUUUUAAAUUCUAAAAAAAUUAAAAAACAAUGUUUAAUACAAUAA